CAAAUACUGAAUUUAUGCCAUGUAGUAACAAAAUAUGUAAUGAAGCUCUUGCGAGCGAGCCAAUGAGAUGCUAUACAAGCUCCUCCACACUCCAUCAAUUUACCAUCGGUUGCCAAGCCUCACGUCCCGUCUCGAACUUCGUAUGGGGCAUCGGAACAUCGGUUAAGGCUCUACUGGCUCCUGACUUUCAUUUGGCGAAACUACUCUCUAUUUUUAAUCGCAUAUCAAUAGCGAACAGCGAAAGAAAUGCUAAACCAAAUACCGAGUGUGGCCAAGGUUCUUGCUUGAUGGGAUUCUUGAUUUUGACCGCAAAGCCGCGCCGCCGAUACCGGUCGGUCGUUGCACAGGCCUUGGGCGCAUGUAAUACGACGCAGGCCUCGGCCAUUAUUUCAAUUCGUUCAGCAGGGCUCAUCGUCGACGCUACACUAAUAUUGACUUUAUACGGACUUCACUUAGCUCUGUUCCAAGAACUAGGCUUAGCGUACACAUAUUUCUUGCUUAGCUAAACAUAAUCCUAUCUUAUAGUAGACUGUUGUUGAAGCAUGUCCGAG